AUAUUCGUCCCUAACUGGCCGGCCUAUAGUCCGGAUCUGAAUCCAAUUGAGCAUAUAUGGUUUCAUCUUAAACAGAAGGUCUACGAGCUCCGGCCGGAUCUGGACAACGAGCACAAUAAAGACCGUCAACUGGAGAUCCUACAGUCAGUACUGCCAGAGGCAUGGAGGGCAAUUCGUCGUGAUAUCGUUGUAAAUGUGCUGAACUCAAUGCCAAGAAGGAUUCAAGCAGUUAUCAACGCUGGGGGAUGGCAAACGAAGUACUGA